AUGCCGCCGCGCUCCUACGACAAGAAGGCGUACCAGACCAUCUACCCGCAGUACCUCGACUCCAACCUGACACCCAGCGAAGGUCGGCGACUGACUAAGUCGCAGGGAGUCGAGCACCCGACGAUCGACGAGAUCCUUCAUGCACUUAGGGUCUUGGGCUACAAGGAUGUCAUUGUAGACCCGGCCCGCUCGUACCCGCGGAGUCAGAGCACCGCGAAGUUUCCAGUGGUACCGCGCGGGUGCAUUAGGGUCUCCAUCAAGACACCGGUGGACGAGCACUACAUCAAGAAGAGCGACUUUGACACGCAGCAGCGCAGCGCUGUGAUGGACAGCAUCGACACUAAACAAGAGCUCCUCCGACGUGUAGCCACACUAAUCAAGGAAAGGGCACCGAAGCGGCCACAUCUCUCCACCGUGGAGGAAAUUAUCGCUGCAUAUAAUCCCGUCCCCCAGCCAAAAAGCAAGAAAUAG